AUGAGCGAUGAGCCCUCCUCUUCCGCAGCAGCCUACACCUCCGAUAUCUCAACAAAUGGACCAAGCACGGAAGCAGUGCCCACGGCGGCACAAUUGGCAGAGCGGAAGAAGAAUAAUAGACAGCUGUUCAACAGGAAGCGUGGGGACUUGCUGGACGAUGUCCUCAGGAACCUGGAUAUACUCGUCUAUGCCGAGUUGAGUGCCAUCUAUUAUAUGGACUGCUCCUUCAUACGAUUUCUCAUACGAGGUUUAAUACAGUUCGUCUUUCUGACGCCCAAACCAGCUGCUCCACCAGCUCCGCCAUUGAACAAGCCAUAUAUCGGGGCCAUCCUCGGAUCGAACAUCCUAUGCAUACUGUUGCAUAUCAUAUACGCCCCACCAUCUGGCAGCGAAGCAACCCGAGGCUAUCUUCACGGCGGACUGGCCAUGGACUUUAUUGGCCAGAAAGGACCAACCAGUAAAGUGCAUUUACUUCUGCUGGAUCUGCUAGUCGUGAUUCUACAGCUCGUGCACUUGUCCACCCAUAUCACCCGAACGAGACUGAAAGACAGCUCUGUCUCCGUCACGACGUCUUCAGGCACCCAAUAUACCGCGACCGCCAUCCGCCAAGACCACGACGCCGAAGAACGCGGCGUCCGCCGCUCAGGCGAACACCAAGACAUCGAGAUGCAAACUCUCAACCCAUCCGGUACCUCAACCGAGCCCGUCCCAAAUCGAGCCAGCACAACCGAGCGUGCUGACGACACCCUCGCCUCCACCUCCCCCCGAACAGACGCCCACAUCUUCAACGCCUUCAACUCCGGCCAAAUCGUCCUCGCCGAUCUCGACAUCUUCCAAACAACACGAGAUCAAUUCUGGGCGUACGCGACCACACCUGCGGAGGAUUCCACUACCUCGAUAGUGGAAAUGCGGCGGAAUAUAAUUGGGCAAUUAUUAAGGUGGCGUUCUGGUGCCGUUACUGGCCGGCCUGCUGAGAGGAUUGUCUGA